CAAAAUUCCGCCACUUGCUAGCUAGUUAGCUGCACGCGUUCUAAAGCGCCGAUACUAUAAAAAGUCUGCUGCGUUGUUAAGCAGGAUUUCUUUCGUCUACCUGGGUCGAAGAAGGUGCCGUGAUUAUGAGGCUCAAACGGUUUCUACUUAGAUACUAUCCCCCGGGGAUUAUCUUGGAAUAUGAGCAGUCCAACACUCUCAAGACAAAGUCCAUCGACCUGCUAGACCUGAAGCUAGAGAGUGACGUGGAUGCUAUCCUAGACGAAAUUGUCAGAAAGGAACCCCUGGUCACACCCAAUCGCACGCCCCAGGUCAGACAGCUCAUACAGCGACUUCAGGAGAAGAUUGGCUUGAAUGAUGACCACAAGUUUUACCUCUUCAAGGCACUGCGUGCACAUAUUCUCCCCCUGACCAACGUGGCCUUCAACAAGUCGGGCUCCAGCUUCAUCACGGGCAGCUACGACCGGACCUGCAAAGUCUGGGACACAGCCUCCGGAGAGGAGCUCCACACGCUGGAAGGGCACAGGAACGUGGUGUACGCCAUCGCGUUCAACAACCCUUAUGGGGAUAAAAUUGCGACGGGUUCCUUUGACAAAACUUGCAAGCUGUGGAGCUCAGAGACAGGAAAGUGCUAUCAUAUAUUCAGAGGGCAUACAGCGGAAAUUGUGUGCCUAGCCUUCAACCCACAGAGCACCAUAUUAGCCACGGGUAGCAUGGACACCACGGCCAAGCUUUGGGACAUCGAGUCGGGGGAGGAGAUAUCAACGCUAGCUGGCCACUCUGCUGAAAUCAUUUCCCUGUCCUUCAAUACAACGGGAGACAGAAUCAUCACAGGCUCCUUUGACCAUACAGUGUCCGUAUGGGAUGUCCACUCCGGGAGACGUGUCCACACGCUGAUUGGCCACCGGGGAGAGAUCAGCUCGGCCCAGUUCAACUACGACUGCUCGCUGAUCGUCACAGGCUCCAUGGACAAGACCUGUAAGAUCUGGGACUCCUGCAGCGGCAAGUGCGUGGGCACGUUGCGCGGCCAUGAGGACGAGAUUCUGGACGUCGUAUUUGAUUUCACCGGCCAGUACAUUGCCUCUGCCUCAGCUGACGGCACUGCCAGAGUCUACAACGCUGUCUCUCACAACUGUGUCGCCAAACUGGAAGGGCACGAUGGGGAGAUCUCAAAGAUCACGUUCAACCCGCAAGGCAGCAAGAUCCUGACAGCCAGCUCAGACAAGACGGCGCGGCUGUGGGACCCCUUCACGGGCAAGUGCCUGCAGGUCCUGGAGGGCCACACUGAUGAGAUAUUCAGCUGUGCCUUCAACUACGAGGGCAGCAUCAUCAUUACAGGGAGUAAAGACAACACCUGUCGUAUCUGGCGAUGAAGAGAAAAACUGGUCAACUUUUCUCGACAAGAUCACCAAAGUUUGUUGAGCAGAUUGGCAACUGCGCUACUAUUCCCUGGCCGUAUAUGUACAUUUUAUGAAUCCUUUAACGUACACUGAUGUUCAAUUUUUCUCCUGGUGGUUUUAUUGGAAAAGAAAGCAACACUGAAAGAGAACAGGCCAAACUCUUGAGAAUGCACUUGAAUCUGCAGUUUUUCCCUUUUUUGCCGUCCUCUUUUUUGGCAUCAUUUGUUUUUGCCGUCAAGAUUUGACAUAUGCAGUAUUGUCGUCAACAAGCGGAGAAUUCAAGAAGAAAAACUGGUGCUCAAGCAGUCAUUUAUGUACGACUGUAUUCCUGUUGCCCUUAGCCCCUCUCCUUGUAAAGAGAGUUAGCCAUGUAACAUGGUUCUGAAAUCCACCUUUCGCACAAUAUCUCUCUUGUAAAUUGUUGGAACCAAAUUUGCUGGCAAUAACUUGAUUUAAUGCUGCCCGGAGUUUUAACGCGUCCUGUAUUCUUUUUUGCUAUUCGUAGGCACAAGUUUUGAAAUGGUGCUCUGAACGGUUUCAUUGAAUGUCUCUGCCUAUGAAGAGUAAUGUUUAAUCCCUAGUAGCAACCUGAAGUGAAAUGAUCACUCUCAUUUUUGUGGAGGGCAUCCUCUGCUGACUAGUGGUGGACCACACCAAACUGAACAGAAAUUUCCUGCAAGGGAACACCCACGAAAACAAAUCACACCAUUUGCCUUAUUGAGGAGGGAAACAAAAGGUAAGAUAACUAGCCUCAGCGAAAAGUGAACAGUUUUCCUCCAAAUUUGUGCAACCUGUCGAAAUUUGGCGUUUUACCACAUUUGAAGCUGCAUCUGAUUCCAAAUCUCAUGUCUAGACCGAGGCCGAGGUCUUUGCCCGUCAGAACUAUGCAGGCUUGAGCUGACAAGAAAUGUGUCUUGGGAAAACCUGUCCCAGAAUAUGGCCAAAGUUUCUGACUUCAAGCCUUUGUGUCAUUGCCUUCUAUCUAAGCAAUAUUAAAUUUUCACUGAUACUUUUGUAGCCUGUUUCUGUUACAUGUGUUAUUAUAUUUUGUUGUUAGCUUGGAUUCCUGCCACUGGACGUUGAAGGGAGAUUGAUAUCUCUUUUCUCCCCUUCCAUGAGUAAGACGUCAGGGCACAAUGAAUGCCCUCCACAUCACAGUUAUUAACAGUGUAUUAACAGAAGAUGUGUUGUUGUUAGAUGAACUGCGCUUUGAGAAAUCUUGAGAUUUAUCAAGAAGCGGCAUGGUGGUUCUAAUCAAGUCUUUUGAUUGUGUUUGCCAUGUAGAAGACAGUGAAAUUGUAAUCCGGUGCUGAAAGUGCACUGAAAAGUCUCUCUUAAUUCUAAUCAAGUCUUUUGAUUGUGUUUGCCAUGUAGAAGAAAUUGUAAUCCGGUGCUGAAAGUGCACUGAAAAGUAUCUCUUAAUUAGUUUUUUUUUUCGAACAGUUUCUGAUGCUUAACAUUACUUCCUUGUCAACAUAUGCAUUUCACAUCUUGGUGUGACUUUCCUAUCUCAUCAAUGUUGCGUAAUUUACUACCAAUAAUGUGUGAUAUCCGGUGAUUGGUGAAAUACACCGGGCCACUGUGCUAGUGUUUACCACCAAUUUCUUUGACAUGAAAGGAUUGCAAAUGUUUCACUUUCCUGGGACAGCAUGCCAGAGCAUGGCCGUUUACUGCCCAGCCAGUGCAGGCUUCAUUUAUACUCUUGGUUGGUGUAAAGUGGCUUGCCUAUGGACACAACAUGUCCAGCAGAUGGAUUUGAUACAACCCUCUAAUCAUAAAUUUCUCAACCCUAAGCACCAUUUCAUAGUCCACUAGUCUUCCUUUGUGUUUGCCUUAAGCCUUAAUACAUGAAAUACAGUACUGACGGAAAUAAUGGUUGGAACUUUGUUUAUAAAGUGCUUGCACCGUUCAGCAUAAGAUACAUGUACACAAUCUCUUUGGCAUGGCAAACAUUUGCAUAUGACCUAGAAAUACACUAAACAAGGUCAGCUCAAUCACAUGCUUUAGCAGACCACAAACUGUCCAACAGAAAGGACUACACAAGACCAACAGUCACUUGGUCCAUUUUUUUUAUUUCAACGUUUUAUUCUUUAAAUUCUGCCGCGUAUUGGAACCGUCAGUGAAUAAAAUUUAGUACAGUCCGUCCUGUAGAGAGAAUACCGAUUAAGCUUUCAUAAUUUAUUGUUUGAUUUUUGUCUGUUUACGGUAAUUAUGCGACAUAGCUUGCGUAGACUGUUUGAGUUUGUACUUUUUUUCUAUCGUCGUGUGCUUGUCACGAGAGUACACUGAUGCGUCUUUUCAUUCAGUCAGACAUUGCUGGAGUUUAUAAAUGUGAUCUGUAUGCUUGAUUUGAGCGUUAUUAAAAACCAAGUAAGUUGUGGAAAUGAUUAA